GCAAUGUUGUUGCUCCCAUCAAGCAUUGCGGUCAGAAUCAUACAAGCUCAGAAAUCAAGCGUAACCGGCUGAUGCUGAGAAUAACUUGGAAUCAUAGUAACAUUACAAGAAUCAGCCCAACACAACUUGAUGAGGAUUUCGUUAGGCAGCAAGUAUGUGUCAUCGGGUUAAUGAUGUCAUGAAGCUGUGUUGUGAGUUAUCUGCCAAUCAGCAGAUCCAGACCACAGUGAAAGGCUCAGGGAAGGGAGCAGCAGCAGCUGGGGGACUGGCCUUUGCUGGAGGAUUGGUCGGGGGUCCCCUUGGUAUUGCAGUUGGCGGUGCAGUUGGAGGCCUUCUGGGCUGCUGGCUGACCAGCGGACAAUUCAAACCCCUGCCUCAGAUCAUAAUGGAGCUCACUCCUCAGCAGCAGCAGAAGCUUUAUGAGGAUCUCAUGGCCAUCCUGGGAGAAAUUCAGUGGACAGAUUUGGCCCAGCUGACUGCUCUAGUAAUGGGCAACGCUACUCUGAAGCAGCAGCUUACGGGUGCCCUUCUCGGGUAUAUCACCAAGGAGCUCCAGGCAGAGGUGCACUAUGUGGAUUAGUGUUUGCGGAUAAUCUGACUCAGGGCCCCACGUGCUCAAGAAGAUGGAGUCCUUAACAAGAAUGGGAACAGUUUUUAUGAAGCUGGAGAGACUCAAAAUGGCACUGACACCAUCACAGUCCUGGUAACCUCUGGUUAAUAUGAGGUUAGCACAUUAUUGUGAAUUUAAACAGCUAUAACUGGAUUAAUUUAUUUAAUUUUUAUUAUGGGAAGUGCACUUAUCAGUUGAUGGAAUUAUUUAUUCAUUUAGCCUUUAAUGGCACUUAGAAUCACUGCGUCAAAAGUUACUCUGAAUUAAAGUCUGACUGAGUGGUUUAGCUACAACAAAGUAGUUUUCAAUAUUAUUUAAAUAUUUACAUACAAAGAAUUAUGCUCUAAAUAAGAAGCAACUGUACAGUGUGGAAUAUUUUGAUUUGAUGUGAAUUUAUCAAUUUUGCAUCUGUGUACGGUAUAUUGUAUUGCUAUCACUGAGUCAAUUCAAACUCUUUAUUGCUUUAAAUGAUUUUUCAUCAAUAAAAACAAAUGUUUGUUUCACUGGUUCA